UUUAUGUUCCUGUGGCUCCCACGCUCUAGGACGGUGGGAACGACAUGCCGGUGUGCGGGAAGGUUUUUAAUUCCCUCCUGGGAUUUUACCUCCGGCCUGCGCAUAUGUGUGGUAAGAUGAUCGCAUCCCCAAGCGCUAUAAAAAGCAGUGCCUCUCUUGGAUGAAUGAUUCCCUGCGUCGUGUCAACCUCUCGUCCCCAGCAUGAACCGCCCAACAUCCCUGAUUCUUCUAUGGAUUUAUCUGUGGCUGACAUUUUUGCAUCAGAUAUACGCACUUCACGGUGAUUCAGCUUGUGGCAAAUUCCUUUGUGUGAAUGCCACAGUGUUCUCCGACACAGUCAGAUAUGAACUAACGGCAUUAAAACAGCCCCUGGGCUGGGUGGGGUUCGGUUUUGGCCGCCGAAUGGCGGAGACUCAUAUGGUCAUAUUGUGGUCCAACAGCGAUGGCACUGUAACACUUUCACAACGAUAUGCGGUCGGACAUAGCCAGCCGCGCAUCGUGACAAAUCCGCCACGACUCGCGACACUUCAGGUUCCUAGUGACUCCGCAUUGCAUCCCGCUAAUUCGACUACAUUUGCUUUCGAAAUUGAGAGAGGAACAGGUCCGUAUUCUGGAAAAAAUGAUUCAAUGGAGCGCUUUAUCUGGGCAUACUCGCAAACGAAUCCUGAAUCUUCUGACCCCGAAGCUGAUAUCACUUUCCACUAUGCCGCUGGCUUCUUGACGCUCGAUCUAAUGAAGGAGUUGGCCGAGAUGGAGUCUCCAAGCCCGCCUCCCCUGGAGUCGGACAACUCAAACGGCGGUUCCACAAGUAAUUCGCUGAGUCACGAAAGAGUUGUGAUUGCUCAUGGUGUGCUGGUGUCCAUCGGCUUCCUAUUUUUCCUACCCAUUGGUUCUCUUGUUGCGCGUUGGAGUAGGACCUUUACGCCGAAUUGGUUUAAGGUCCAUAAUGCUGUCAAUUUUUGGAUGGCCCUGCCAGUCAUACUCAUUGGUUGGAUACUUGGUCCGGUCGCCGUCUUCGAUGCGCAGGCUACUCACUUUUUGGAUUCACAUCAGAUUUGCGGUGGAUUGUUGCUCCUCCUCUACUUUUUGCAGGUAGCUUUAGGACGGUACAUCCACAACCACAAAGGGCUAUCCGCUCUAAGACAUCCCCCCUCUAAUAUUCUGCACGCGACCCUAGGAUUGAUGUUACUAUGCCUGGCCUUUUUCCAGGUACGAAGCGGCUUUCACGAAUGGAAGACUUUAAGCGGUAGAACCGCCGUACCAACGUGGGUCCAUACUCUGUGGUCGUUCUGGGCAUUGGCUGUAUUCAUAGCCUAUUCGCUGGGUCUCGCGUUACUUAAACGCCAAUUUCAGCAAGAAAAACUAGGGAUCAUCACCAACCAAUACAUAGCCUUGGAUAACGAAGUUCGCCUAUCACCGGACCCCUCUCAUCCUGCCGACGGUCGUUUAGACGCGUACGAAGGAAAUUCAUUAAAGGAUCUUGAGAGCACGCCGUUCUUAUAAAGUAAUAAUAUCACAUUUUAUGUACAAACACUUACUUAUACGGUGAUACAAAUAAAUAUAUAAGAGACGAGGAGAACACUGUAAAUGAAGGUAUAUGUGAUGAGGGUAUGAAAGA